AUGUCUAGUUCGGAGAGUGACGAUAUGUCCGAUGUGGAGGAGGCAGCAAGAGCUGCAGCUAACGGGGACGGAGAUUCGUCCGACCAGCAGGGGAAUGGUUCCGGUACCGGCGGUAGCGAUGACGAUGCCGAGAAGAACGAACCGACUGAGAAUGGUACCGAAAACAAACAAACGUGGGAAGAUUUGGGACUCAUUGACAUACUUUGCCAAGCGUGCCGUGGUCUCAAGUGGAAAGCACCGUCCAAAAUUCAGCGCGAAGCAAUCCCCCUCGCACUGCAAGGCAAGGACAUCAUUGGGCUGGCGGAAACGGGUUCGGGUAAGACGGGCGCAUUCGCGCUACCCAUCCUCCAGUCGCUGCUGGACAAUCCGCAGCGCUAUUUUGCCGUCGUGCUAACACCAACGCGCGAGCUCGCCUAUCAGAUAUCGGAACAGUUUGAAGCGCUCGGUGCGAUGAUCGGUGUCAAGUGCUGCGUCAUCGUCGGCGGUAUGGAUCUGGUAACGCAGGCAAUUCAGCUUGCCCGCAAACCACACAUCAUCAUCGCCACGCCCGGCCGAUUGGUGGAUCAUCUCGAAAACACGAAAGGUUUCAAUCUGAAAGCCAUCAGAUACCUCGUAAUGGAUGAAGCGGAUCGCAUCCUAAACAUGGACUUCGAGGAGGAGGUAAACAAAAUCCUAAAGGUAAUGCCACGCGAACGGCGCACAUUUCUGUUCAGUGCCACCAUGACGAAGAAGGUGAAAAAGCUCGAACGGGCGUCCUUGCGCGAUCCGGUCAAGGUGGAAGUGUCGAGCAAGUACCAAACGGUGGAGAAACUGCUUCAGUACUAUCUUUUCAUACCGGCCCGCUUUAAGAACGUUUAUCUUGUGCACGUGCUAAACGAGCUGGCCGGCAAUAGUUUUAUGAUUUUCUGCAGCACUUGUAACAAUACGGUCCGCACGGCACUGAUGCUCCGUGCGCUUGGACUCGCCGCCGUCCCACUGCAUGGUCAGAUGACACAAAACAAGCGUUUGGCGGCGUUGAACAAGUUCAAAUCACAGGCCCGCCAAAUCCUUAUCUCCACUGACAUUGCCUCCCGCGGGCUCGACAUCCCGCACGUGGACGUUGUGCUUAAUCUGGACAUUCCGAUGCACAGCAAGGACUACAUCCAUCGAGUAGGGCGUACCGCACGUGCCGGUCGUGCCGGUCAAGCGAUCACGUUUGUCACGCAGUACGAUGUAGAGCUGUACCAGCGAAUUGAGCAUUUGCUCGGUAAAAAGCUGCCCGAAUUUAAGUGCGAACAGGACGAAGUGAUGGCACUGCAGGAGCGGGUAAAUGAAGCACUCCGGACGGCACGCGUCGAGCAGCGGGACAUCGAGGAGCGGAAGGCAAGCAAAUCGGGCAAGGAUAAGCGUGGCGGUGGGGAUGAUUCCGAUGCGGAAGAUACGGAACAGUUUAACGGUGUAAGGAAGCGCUUGAAACCGAGCAAUGGGAAGGGUGGUAAGGGAGGAAAGGGAGGUAAAAAGCCACGACGGAAUUGA